CAGUGUCUCUUAGGAGUGAGGUACCUGGAGUUCAGGGACUCCACCUGUGACAAUGACAGCAGAUGAGUUGGUUUUCUUUGUGAAUGGCAGAAAGGUGGUAGAGAAAAAUGCAGAUCCAGAAACCACCCUUUUGGUCUACUUGAGAAGAAAGCUGGGGCUGAGCGGGACCAAGCUCGGCUGUGGAGAAGGGGGCUGUGGGGCUUGCACAGUGAUGCUCUCCAAGUAUGAUCGUUUCCAGAACAAGAUCGUCCAUUUUUCUGCCAAUGCCUGCCUGGCCCCCAUCUGCUCCUUGCACCAUGUUGCUGUGACGACUGUGGAAGGAAUAGGAAGCACCAAGACGCGGCUGCAUCCCGUGCAGGAGAGAAUUGCAAAAAGCCAUGGCUCCCAGUGCGGGUUCUGCACCCCUGGCAUCGUCAUGAGCAUGUACACGUUGCUCCGAAAUGAGCCAGAGCCCACCAUGGAGGAGAUUGAGAAUGCCUUCCAAGGGAACCUCUGUCGCUGCACAGGCUACAGGCCCAUCCUCCAGGGUUUCCGGACCUUCGCCCGGGAUGGAGGAUGCUGUGGAGGAAAUGGAGACAACCCAAACUGCUGCAUGAACCAGAAGAAAGACCACACAGUCACUCUCUUGCCAUCUUUAUUCAAACCAGAAGAUUUCAUGCCCCUGGACCCCACCCAGGAGCCCAUCUUCCCUCCGGAGUUGCUGAGGCUGAAGGAUACUCCCCAGAAGCAGCUGCGCUUUGAAGGGGAACGUGUGACCUGGAUUCAGGCCUCCACCCUGCGGGAGCUGCUGGACCUCAAAGCUCAGCACCCCGAUGCCAAGCUCGUGGUGGGAAACACGGAGAUCGGCAUUGAGAUGAAGUUUAAGAACAUGCUAUUUCCUAUUAUUGUCUGCCCCGCCUGGAUCCCUGAGCUGAAUACUGUGACCCAUGGACCGGAGGGCAUCUCCUUUGGAGCUGCAUGCCCCCUGAGCUCUGUGGAAAAGAUCCUGGUAGAUGCAGUUGCCAAGCUUCCUGCCCAGAAAACAGAGGUGUUCAAAGGAGUCCUGGAGCAGCUGCGCUGGUUUGCAGGGAAGCAGGUCAAGUCUGUGGCGUCCAUUGGAGGCAACAUUAUCACCGCCAGUCCCAUCUCCGACCUCAAUCCCGUGUUGAUGGCUAGUGGCGCCAAGUUGACCCUUGUGUCCCGAGGCACUAGGAGAACUGUUCGGAUGGACCACACCUUCUUCCCUGGCUACAGAAAGACCCUGCUAAGUCCAGAGGAGAUACUGCUUUCCAUUGAGAUCCCCUACAGCAGAGAGGGUGAAUUUUUCUCAGCAUUCAAGCAGGCCUCCCGGAGAGAAGAUGACAUUGCCAAGGUGACCAGUGGCAUGAGAGUCCUAUUCAAACCAGGGACCACAGAGGUGAAGGAGCUGGCCCUUUGCUAUGGAGGAAUGGCCAACAGAACUAUCUCAGCCAUCAAGACCACUCCAAAGCAGCUGUCCAAGUUCUGGAAUGAGGAGUUGUUGCAGGAUGUGUGUGCAGGCCUGGCGGAGGAGCUGCACCUGGCCCCUGACGCCCCUGGUGGCAUGGUGGAGUUCCGGCGCACCCUCAGCCUCAGCUUCUUCUUCAAGUUCUACCUGACGGUGCUUCGGAAGCUGGGCAAAGAGGACCCUGAGAAGUGUGGUCUGCUGGACCCCACCUUCGCCAGUGCCACUCUGCUCUUUCACAAAGACCCUCCAGCCAAUGUCCAGCUCUUCCAAGAGGUUCCCAAAGGUCAGUCUGAGGAGGACAUGGUGGGCCGUCCCAUGCCCCACCUUUCCGCCAACAUGCAGGCCUCUGGGGAGGCUGUGUACUGCGACGACAUCCCCCGCUACGAGAAGGAGCUGUCCCUCCGCCUGGUCACCAGCACCCGGGCCCACGCCAAGAUCAAGUCCAUAGACACUUCAGCAGCUGAGAAGGUGCCAGGGUUUGUUUGCUUCCUCUCAGCUGAUGAUAUUCCUGGAAGUAAUGAAACUGGAAUUUUUAAAGAUGAAACAGUCUUUGCAAAGGAUAAGGUAACUUGUGUUGGGCACAUCAUUGGUGCAGUGGUUACUGACACUCCAGAGCAUGCACAGAGAGCUGCGCAAGGGGUGAAAAUCACCUAUGAAGACCUUCCGGCCAUCAUCACCAUCGAGGAUGCUAUAAAGAACAACUCCUUUUAUGGAUCUGAGCUGAAGAUCGAGAAAGGAGACCUCAAGAAGGGGUUUUCCGAAGCAGAUAAUGUUGUUUCAGGAGAGUUGUACAUUGGUGGCCAGGAGCACUUCUACCUGGAGACGCACUGCACCAUCGCUGUCCCCAAAGGCGAGUCAGGGGAGAUGGAGCUCUUCGUGUCUACACAGAACACCAUGAAGACACAGAGUUUUGUUGCGAAAAUGUUGGGGGUUCCAGAAAAUCGGAUUUUAGUUCGAGUGAAGAGAAUGGGAGGAGGCUUUGGAGGGAAGGAGACCCGGAGCACUGUGGUGUCCACAGCAGUGGCCUUGGCUGCAUACAAGACAGGCCGCCCUGUACGCUGCAUGCUGGACCGUGAUGAGGACAUGCUGAUAACUGGUGGCAGACAUCCCUUCCUGGCCAGAUACAAGGUUGGCUUCAUGAAGACUGGAAAGAUUGUGGCUCUGGAGGUGGAUCACUUCAGCAAUGCUGGGAACACCCAGGAUCUCUCUCAGAGUAUAAUGGAACGAGCUCUAUUCCACAUGGACAACUGCUAUAAAAUCCCCAACAUCCGGGGCACUGGGCGGAUAUGCAAGACCAAUCUGCCCUCCAACACGGCCUUCCGGGGCUUUGGGGGUCCCCAGGGGAUGUUCAUUGCUGAGCACUGGAUGAGUGAAGUCGCAGUGACCUGUGGGCUGCCAGCGGAGGAAGUGCGGAGGAAAAACCUGUACCAAGAAGGGGACCUGACACACUUCAACCAGAAGCUUGAGGGGUUCACCUUGCCCAGGUGUUGGGAUGAGUGCCUCGCAAGCGCCCAGUAUCAGGCUCGGAAGAGAGAGGUCGACAAGUUCAACAAGGAGAACUGUUGGAAAAAGAGAGGACUGUGCAUAAUCCCAACCAAGUUUGGAAUAAGCUUCACUGUGCCUUUUCUGAACCAGGCAGGGGCCCUGAUUCAUGUCUACACGGAUGGCUCGGUGCUGCUGACCCAUGGGGGCACUGAGAUGGGCCAAGGCCUACACACCAAGAUGGUCCAGGUGGCCAGCAGAGCUCUGAAAAUCCCCACCUCCAAGAUUUACAUCAGUGAGACGAGCACUAACACUGUGCCCAACGCCUCUCCCACGGCUGCCUCCGUCAGCGCUGACAUCAAUGGUCAGGCUGUUUAUGAAGCUUGUCAGACCAUCCUGAAAAGGCUGGAACCCUUCAAGAAAAAGAAUCCCACUGGCUCCUGGGAUGACUGGGUCACAGCUGCCUACUUGGAUGCAGUGAGCUUGUCUGCUACUGGGUUUUAUAAGACACCCAACCUUGGCUACAACUUUGAGACAAACUCCGGGAAUCCCUUCCACUACUUCUCCUAUGGGGUGGCUUGCUCUGAAGUAGAAAUUGACUGCUUGACAGGGGAUCAUAAGAACCUCCGCACUGAUAUUGUCAUGGAUGUUGGCUCAAGUUUGAAUCCUGCCAUUGAUAUUGGACAGGUGGAAGGGGCAUUUGUUCAGGGUCUUGGCCUCUUCACCCUGGAGGAGUUGCACUACUCCCCUGAGGGCAGCCUACACACCCGUGGGCCUAGCACCUAUAAGAUCCCUGCGUUUGGAAGCAUCCCCAUUGAAUUCAGAGUGUCCCUGCUCCGCGACUGCCCCAACAAGAAGGCCAUCUAUGCAUCCAAGGCUGUUGGGGAGCCACCCCUCUUCCUGGCUGCUUCCAUCUUCUUCGCCAUCAAGGAUGCUAUACGCGCAGCUCGAGCUCAGCGCAGAGAUUAUAGUAUGAAGCAACUCUUCCAGCUCGACAGCCCUGCGACCCCGGAGAAGAUCCGCAAUGCCUGCGUGGACCAGUUCACCACCCUGUGUGUCACUGGUGCACAGGAGAACUGUAAGCCCUGGUCCCUGAGGGUCUGAAGAGAAGCUCCCAGCCGAGUGUUCUAGUGCUACCGUGGAGCUUCUGGGAGCAGGAAGCACAUACUACAAAACCCAGAUCUAUACAAGCUGGAAGACAAAGUCAUGAUUCAGCAGGAUUCUCCAUCUGGAAGAACAGGAAUGCAUUGGAAGAUUUUGAAGAAAUAUGAUUUGCAAACAAUAAUGAUCAGAUUUAGAACUAUUGCGCCUACGAGGCAGAUAGGCAGUCAAGGUCAUUUCAAGUCUGUUGUAAUCAUGGAUUUGGGAUAGGUUUAGGAAAUGUUUGUGCUAUGUCCCCCCUCACUGGACAGCCUGUGUAACCUCAGGUGCUAAUGGUGUCUGUCCCUCCAAGAGGAUUCCCACAAACCUCCAGAAACUUAAACCAAAGUUGUUCUAAAUCUGAGUGCCUUCCUCAGAAAGCCUCUCCUUCCAAUCAGUGAUCAAUUUAUAACCCCAGAACCGUACGCUUAUUUUACAAUGAAACAGUGAGGUGAGAUUAAAACCUCUAACCACCUUUGGGUCACUGGAGAAAAUAAUAAAGAAUGAAGCAAAUUCAGGGUUAAUUGUAUCUAAUUUUGUUAAGCUGCAUAAAGUAAAAUUACCCUACAAUACUAAAAUCCAACUGGCUCAUUGAUUGAGCACCCGCAAUGUGCUAGAUUCCUUCCCUUUGUGUAUUUCAAAAAAGAUCAAAUUUAAGAUCAGAUUUUCAUUUGAAGCCAGAGUAAUUUUCACCUAGAAAUGAUGCUAAUGAAGUCAAUACUGGCCAGAGGAAAAGUUAGGAGGCCUGGGUUCUCAUCCCGGCUCUGUCCCUGCCUGUGUGACCUUGGACUACCAUUUCCCUCUUUCUAUGCUUCAUUUUACUGCAAAAUGAAAGGAUUGGAUGGGAAUAAUCUCUGAGAUCUUCUCCUGCUCUAAGUCUAUAAAUACAUGACCUGAAAACUCCAGUUAUAUAAGGAACCUGCAGCUAUCAAAGACUUGGCUCCUUUACUAUGAAGCAAUGUCUGGGCUGAAUGAACUCUGCUUAGAAUCCCUUAAGCUCUUGUGGUUGGUAAAGAACAGAAGAAAGACAAACAUCCCCUUUUAUUUCUCCAACAGGUGACUUCAUUACAACAAAGUACUGGGUGGCCAAUGAGACAUUGUCAUGUGCCUUCACUGUCUAAAAUAUCCAGGCUGCCAGACAAAUCUGUGGUUCUGGCCAUAGAAGGAGCAUGAUGGAAAUUGUGCAG